CUGGCGGUGUCGGGGCGCGGAGUGGCGGGAAGAUAAAGAUAUAGACAAGAAAGUUUUGGAUUCUAGAAUUUCAAGAUUGAACUAGUUCGUUUGAAGACAUCUGGUCAGUUAUCCACUUGGUCAGUCAUCCACCUGGUCAGUCAUCCACUUGGUCAUUCAUCCAUCAACACCCAGCAACAACUAAACGACCAUCGAGCCCCACAAAAAACCUGGAUUAAAAAUUUUGACCAAACGAGUCAUUGAGUCUGGCGGCGUCAAAUUUUUUUCUUCUGAGUGCUGACACAUCAGCAGCUGAAGAUAGUGACAGCUUCCGGUGCUUAGGUCUCAGUGCGGCAUACGGCAACCAGCAUACAACAUCCAGCACACGGCAUCCAGCAUCCAGCAUACAGAAUCAGCACACGGCAUCCAGCGUACGGCAUUCAACACACGGCAUCAAGCGUACGGCAUCCAACACACGGCAUCCAGCAUACAGCAUCCAGCGUACAGCACACGGCAUCCAGCAUACAGCAUCCAGCAUACAGUGUCCAGCAUACAGUGUCCAGCAUACAGUGUCCAGCAUACAGUGUCCAGCAUACAGUGUCCAGCAAACAACAUCCACGUCCAACAUAAAUAUCCAACAAGCACAUCUGUGACAAUGGUGGCUGUAGGAGCAGACGGUAUGACCAGAAUCACCAUGUCAUUUCUCCUCUCUCUGUUGGGAGACGGCAACUAUCCAGGACCUGAAGCGCCUGUAUCCAGCAAACACCACUGGUCCUACAAAGGUCCUGAAGGUCCUGACUCGUGGCAUGUCCACUACAAGCACUGUGGCGGGGAGCGCCAGUCCCCCAUCGACAUCCGACCCAUGGAGUGUGAGUACGACCCCACCCUCGGGCCGUUCGUGCUUGACCACUUCGACAUGACGAGCGCGCGUGCGGGGCCGUGCGUGCUCAACGUCACCAAUAACGGGCAUGCUGCGAGCGUUAGAAUCAGCAAUGACGACAUGCGGGUCCGGGGCGGCGGCCUAGCCGGAACCUACAAGACGGCAGAGUUCCACUUCCACUGGGGCAGCACAGAUGACCAUGGCAGUGAGCACGCGGUGGAUGCCAGGAAGUUUCCACUAGAGAUGCACGUGGUCAACUUCGCGGAGAAGUACGGCACCAUCCAACAGGCGAUGAACAAACCAGACGGUCUGGCCGUCUUGGGCGUCUUCUUCCAGCUGAGUGAACAAGACAAUCCAAAUUUUGCUGCCCUCGACUCGGCAUUGAGACACGUCCACAAGGCAGGGGAGUAUGCACUGUUGGAACAGUUCACACUCCGGUCUCUCCUGCCUGAUGACGUCAGCAAGUACUGGAGGUACAGCGGCUCCCUCACGACGCCAUAUUGUUUCGAGUCGGUCACGUGGACAGUUUUCACAGAGCCACAAAAAAUCGCGAGAGCCCAGAUCGAGACCCUGAGGUCACUUCUGCACGAGGAAGGUCACGAGAUGAACGACAGGGGCGAUAACCACCACGCCCCCUCCCGUCUGCUGGACAACUGGAGACCUGUCCAGCCCCUGGGGACCCGGGUGGUCAGGCGGAGCUUCCCCGACCCCACAGCUGGCGGGGCCUACGUCGUCCAGCCGGCCGUCCCAGCCACGGCUAGCCCAGCACCAGCUACAACAGCACAGUCCACAGCUAGCCCAACAGCAGCACCAAACGCCAACGACAACAGCAUCAAGCACGCCAACGACAACAGCAUCAACCACGCCAACGACAACAGCAUCAACCACGCCCCGCCCCGCCCCACACAGUACCAGAACCCCGACAUGAUUGACAGCCAGCUAGCCAAUCAGCUGUACUCCCCUGGGUCCCCCACCACAAACUUCGACGGCUCAAACACACUUUCGAACCCCGCCAAACCCGAACCCAACCACGACCCCCACAACGGGAAGCUGCUCAUGUCGGCCACUGCGCAUGACAAACCGGGAAGUUCCGUGCGCUCAGCGUCCACCACACAACCGGAAGUUGCCACCACGCGUCUGACCACAUCCGACGGGUCACCCAACAGCAACAGCAGCGGCGGGUUUCUGGAGAACAUCCUGCGUGACCUUGAGGGCCCACCCGGGGCCAUCAACAACAUCCACCAGCUGUUCGACAACAAGCGCGAGCCACACGCCAUCAACUCCAUCGAGUUUCUCACCUCGGGGGCCAGCGAGGUCUGGGGAUCGAAUCCCGCCCAGCAGAGCGUACACGAUGGGAAGUCUGGCGCUGGUGAUACCAGAGAACACGCGGUAUCCAUGGCAACCAGCACGGUCAACCCUGCAGGCGGUCAACCAGGCGUGGCGCCACAGUCCAACCUUACAGCCAACGUAGGUCAGUCCAACCCUACAGCCAACGUAGGUCAGUCCAACCUUACAGCCAACGUAGGUCAGUCCAACCUUACAGCCAACGUAGGCCAGGCUCGUACAGAACAGGUAGUCAUGGUGACGUCAUUACCAACUGGGUCUCCUGCCACUUCAGUGCCACACGUGUCUCUAGCGACCCUCGGGCCACAGGCUCCAGCACCCCCCGGGUCACACAGACUCACAGCGCCACCAACAGGCUCUGUGCCACCAGCGCCACCACGUGACCCCCCUCGUACCACGGCAGAGAGCCUCAGUCACCACCAGCUGUUGCUCCGGCUUCAGGAGCUGGAGCGGCAGAAACAGGAGCUGUUACAGCUUCACCAGAAGCAGCUGUCAGAUUUGAACACACACCAACUGACCAACCAACAACUGCAACAUCUGCAAUAUAACCCAGCCCAGUCGCCACUGUAUCAGCCUCAAACAGAAUACCCAUACCAACAACAGCAGCUACAACAACAACAGCAACAAUACAACAGGGAAAGACAACUUCAGCAGUUCGACUACAAAGGGCCGCAACCUUUAUUUAACCAACUGAUGGACCGAACAGACGAACAUUACCAGGCCAAUACCAAACUCAGGUAUAAUGCAAGAGUUCCGCAGUACGCUCCCAACACAAGGGCCAAUAACCCAUCUCUCGACCUUAACUACCGCUCCCCCCGUACUGACAUCCCCCCACCCCCAGUCCAGCGCACCCACAACCAGCACCUAACGUCAGACCAGAUUCGGUCAAUCCUAGAGAAACUUGCCCUCACUAGCCGCAUCAAUGCUGGGAUGGCGUACCCGCAGACCCGCGCGGCGUAUGGCGGACAGCUGCCCCACCCCAACGGCUUCAGGGACGGGGAUUUCCUGGUGUUGCACAGGGCCACAGGCAACACCUACCUCGUCAAGGCCGGCUCACAGGAUCCUGCAGGGUUAAGGUCGCAGGAUCCUGCAGGGUUAAGGUCACAGGAUCCUGCAAGCCUGAGGCACCUCGGGGAGCCGCCUGUUGUUGUCCAGGGUCCCCUGGCCAGGCAGUUCCAGAUUUCUCCGGCAGCCGCCAUCAGCAUGAAGCAGGCAGGAAACGGGCUAAGGGACGAUCCACAGGGCGUGUUCCUCAACAUGGUGGACAGACCCGUGAGGAUCAGCAGCCCUUUCUUUGACCAGCUCCAGAACUGGCGCCAACAGAGACUGCUGCAGCAGUUGGAGCCGUCUGGUGUGCCGGCUCAAGGACCGGCUCAAGGGCCGGCAGUCCGGCAACAGCUCAGGACUUACCCGACACAGACCAACAGACUAGGCUAGCCCAACUGCACAAACUAAAGCUUGAGUUGAUUCACGAAAAUAUACAACCCUUGACCUCUCGCAUCGCGAUGUGUUGUCAUGAUGUGUUGUGACGUCUGUCGUGAUGUCUUGUGACGUCUGUCAUGAUGUGUUGUGUGACGUCCAUCAUAAUGUCUCGU